CAGGCUCUAAGUGAUCGGUUCAGUGGGGAGAUCCCUGAUGACCAGAUGGCUCACAGCUCUUUUUUUCCAGAUGAAUAUUUCACGUGCUCCUCUGUGUGCCUCAGCUGUGGGUGUGGCUGUAAGAAGAGCAUGAACCAUGCAAAGGAAGGAGUCCCUCACGAAUCCAAAAGUCGAUGCAGAUAUUCUCACCAGUAUGAUAACAGAGUCUACACUUGCAAGGCCUGUUACGAACGAGGGAUGGAGGUCAGCGUGGUGCCAAAAACCUCUGCUUCCACUGACUCCCCUUGGCUGGGCCUUGCCAAAUAUGCCUGGUCAGGAUACGUGAUUGAGUGCCCCAAUUGUGGGGUGGUGUACCGCAGCCGACAGUACUGGUUUGGCAACCAAGAUCCUGUGAACACUGUAGUAAGGACAGAAAUCGAGCAUGUCUGGCCAGGGACUGAUGGAUUCCUGAAAGACAACAACAAUGCAGCCCAGCGUUUGUUGGAUGGGAUGAAUUUCAUGGCGCAAUCAGUAUCUGAACUCAGCCUGGGACCCACAAAAGCUGUGACCUCCUGGUUGACAGACCAGAUUGCCCCAGCUUACUGGAGACCCAACUCUCAGAUCCUGAAUUGUAACAAGUGCAACACACCUUUUAAAGAUAACGACACCAAACAUCACUGCCGGGCCUGUGGAGAGGGCUUCUGUGAUGGCUGUUCUUCCAAGACCCGUCCAGUGCCUGAGCGAGGCUGGGGACCAGCACCGGUGCGCGUGUGUGACAACUGCUAUGAGAACAGGGGCAUCCAGUUAGAUGUAGCUGAGCUACCCUCAGAUGAGGAAGGGGGGACACUUAUUGCCAGGAAGGUGGGGGAAGCUGUGCAGAACACUCUUGGAGCAGUGGUGACAGCCAUGGACAUUCCCUUAGGUCUGGUAAAAGAUGCUGCCCGACCUGCAUACUGGGUACCAGACCAUGAAAUCCUGCACUGCCACAACUGCCGGAAGGAAUUCAGUAUCAAACUCUCCAAACACCACUGUCGGGCCUGUGGCCAGGGAUUCUGUGACGAAUGCUCACACGACCGCAGAGCGGUUCCCUCUCGUGGAUGGGAUCACCCAGUCCGAGUUUGCUUUAACUGCAAUAAAAAGCCUGGUGACCUUUAAUCCCAGGCUCUUCUCCGGAUCUUUGCAAUUCCUUAUGUUCUCAGGGUUACAAAUGAAAAUAUCUGGUCUCCCCUUCACCUCUUAACCUGUUGCAGCCAGAGUGCAUGUUUCCAGUUUCUGGCCUCCUCUCGUGUUAUAUCCAUCUUGGAACACUGGGAAUGAGCUUAAAUUCAGCCUCUAGGUUUUAAUUUCAAAUUAACUGGGGAAGGGAGGGAGCUCCCUUGUAACUGAGCAAACCAAAAUCCAGUGUAUUUUAUUCCAAUUUAAAAAAAAUAUCUCUAUAUAUAUCUAUCUAUGUAUAAAUUAGUACAUUAAGAAUGCAGUUGGCUAAUGAAGCUUUGAGUAUUCCUAGUUCAAAGGAUGGAUGGUGGUGGAUCAGACUAUAUUGGAUCAGACUUCCAGGCUUCUGGUUCUUCUUUUGGAACGUCUUGCUGAUCACGAUGUCCUGUGAGGAAGGUUUGGACUCUGUGCUGUCAGGAAAUCUCCGAUGUUGAUGUGUGAAUUACACCUGGUAAUUCAACCAACCCUACACCUGGAGGUGCCGUUCUGGCCGUGGAAGGUUAAACCCAGAUUCAUUAGCAAGUUUGUUUGAACUGUGAUAUGAGCGGUGGUCUUGCAGUGCAAGAGGUGUCGAGUUGAAAUAGAUCCCCUGGUAGAGACCAGUAGGGCUCUGAAAGAUGAAGCAAAUCAUAUGGCACAAGGCAAAGCAUUCCGAUUUUGCCGUUUCAACUUCAAUACCAGAUCAAAAGGUAGCAGGGUCUUGCUCUCCCUGACAACGUUCUCAUGUACUCAGGUUUUCUUCAAGUUUCUCUGCCAGCUUGUUGCAGUUAAAGGUUUUGUCCAGAGCAGAACAAGAAAACAAGUUAUGUAGGCAAUUCUGAAAUACGAAGUUUGAGUUGUUUGGGUUGUGAUGACUUUUCUUCCCCCCCCUGCUUUUUAAGUGAUCCUGGAGUCUGUGUAACCUCUGUUCCCAGAUGUGGUUGCAUAGAAACUGCACAGAUUUGACUUUUUUUUUUCUAAUAAUAUGAGCUUACAAAUCCACGUGGAAAAUGGAAACCUUUCUUCUUUGCUCCUAGCAACUGGCACUCACUGGACUUCAUCCUUUUAUUAAAGGACUGCAAUGAAUUCACUGAUUUUAUUCUCAAAGCCACCACUUAACCUAACUAAUACUAUCUUAUACUGUGGAUUUGUGGUUCCAGUUAGAAGAAGGAAGAGACCACUGUGGAUUGAACUGCCUCAAAUUCUCCCUUCUUGGCUGACAUAGACAAGAAUUCUUCCAACACAUGAGAGUCGUGUCCUCUUGGAAUGGCUGGAGUUUGAUGCAAUGUCCUGGAACUGUGGUAUUUCUUCCCCAGCUUAUUAAAUGUGCUCUUGUGUAGAUGAGUGCCCAACACCCCCUUUUAGGACUGUAUUAUUAAAUUAACUGCUAUAAAAACCCCUUUAUCUUCUGAACGAGCGUACCGACUUUUUCCUUGUUAACGAGUGGUUCUCACUUUGUCUCUGAAAGAACAUACAAAGUGAUUGCUCCUUCGCAACUCUAUCCAGCCUACACGUGGAAACGGACUUGGAAGACGUUCCAGGACACCUUCAGUACCGGCUGAGUCUACUGGGGACUGGCUGAUGGUUUUGUAAGCAAAGUCUGCCAUAAACUGACAGUUGCCCAAGGGAGGGCACUAGUACAGGUAGAAAUCCUCUCUUCAAAGACACUCUGCACAUCCAGCAUAAUUCUGUGCUUCAAAGUAUUUUUAUUUUUUUAAUGGGUGAGCAAUGUGUUCUUGGUUUGUAGGCUGUGCCCUGUGUGCUGUUUAUGCAUGUAGCUUUACUACCAUGUUAAUGCACAAAGAGAAAGCAGCCAUGACAUUCCUUGUAUAAAAUCUUCGGCAUCUGUUUCAACAA